AUGCUCUCCUACGACUCUCCUAUGCCUGUCAACGGGCAGCCUCCCAAGUCCCCCUCGGGCCUCACAAAUGGCGUGCAACAAGCUGUCGCCUCCAAGACCCAGCCCAGAGUGCCUGGAGUUCCGACCUCCGCAAACAACGGCGCACACGUCAACGGAUCUCUCGACACCAAGUACCACCACAUCUGGCUAGUUACCGGCCCAGCUGGCUGUGGAAAGACGACCGUCGCCGAGUACCUGGCCCAGGCUCUGAAGCUUCCCUACAUCGAGGGUGACAGUUUCCACCCCCAAGCAAACAUCGAGAAGAUGGCCAACGGCGUGCCUCUGACCGACGCCGACAGAUGGGACUGGCUCGUUGCGCUGCGCGAAGAGUCCCGCCACCAGUUGGCGGCAGGCUCCGACGGAGUCGUCCUUACCUGCUCAGCCCUGAAGCGCAAGUACAGAGACGUCAUCCGCGUCGCCGGAUACUACGACCGCUCGAUUCUCAUCCACUUCAUCUACCUCUCGGCCCCCGAAAACGUUCUCGUACAGCGCGUGACAGCUCGCAGUGCUGCGACCAACCACUACAUGGGCGCCAACAUGGUCCACAGCCAGUUCCAGACCCUUGAGCCUCCCAUGGCCGAUGAGACGGAUGUCAUUAGUCUCGACGUCAGCCGCUCCCUCGAGGAAGUCAAGCGCGAUGCUCUGGCCAACGUCAAGGCCGUGAUGGAGGAAGAGGCGUGA